AUGAGCAGCAUGUCGACACACUCCAACAUGGAGCGCCUGGAAGUCGACCCGUCCGUCAGGUCCUCCAACAGUCGUGGCCGCGUCCGUACCAAGUUUCGAGCCAUGUGGAAGGCAGUCCAUCGUUUCGACAGGACGAUAUCGUCGUCUACCUUUGGACGCAUUUUUCGCCUGGAGGGGAGCGGUCAUCCUAAGGAGAUUCCUGACUCCUCGUUCCUGCGCGAGAUUCGCGCUGGAGCCACCACUUUCGCGACCAUGGCCUACAUUAUCGCCGUUAAUGCCAUUAUUCUCUCGCAGACCGGCGGUAAUUGCGAAUGCAACUUGGACAACAAGAUGGAAUGCGACCAGAUCGCCAGUUACAAGGCUUGCAAGGAGGCUGUCCGACUCGAUCUCAUCACCGCAACUGCUGCCAUCGCGGGCCUCGCCAGCUUCGUAUUUGGCUUCUUCACCAACUUACCCGUCGCCUUGGCUCCUGGUAUGGGCCUCAACGCCUACUUCGCUUUCCAAGUCGUCGGCCCCAACGGCUCCGGCAACAUCCCGUACCGAGUCGCUCUGACGGCCGUCUUUGUCGAGGGUCUCAUCUUCAUCUUCCUGGCCCUCACCGGAAUGCGACAGUGGCUCGUGAAGCUCAUCCCGGCCACCAUCAAGACAGCCACUGGAGUUGGUAUCGGCUUCUUCCUCACGGAGAUUGGUCUCUCGUACUCGACCGGCAUUGGCGCCAUUACUGGAGGCUGGAAGGCAACCCCCCUCGCCAUCGCCGGAUGCCCCAUCGAAAUGAUUGAUCCCGACACCCAGAUGUGUACGGGCGGUCUGAUGUCUAGUCCGAAGAUGUGGACUGCGAUAUUUGCCGGCGGUGUCGUGACUGCGUACCUCAUGUCCUUCCGUGUCAAGUAUGCCCUCAUCAUUGGCAUCUCUCUCGUUUCUAUCCUCUCGUGGCCUCGCAAUACCUCCAUUACGUAUUUCCCCUACACCCCGGAGGGUGAGGCGCGGUUCAACUUUUUCAAGAACGUGGUCUCGUUCCAUCCCAUCCAGAAGACUCUCAACGCUCUUGACUGGGACAUUGCCAAGAACGGCUCGCAGUUCGCCCUCGCUCUCUUCACCUUUCUCUACGUUGACAUCAUCGAUGCCACGGCCACUCUCUACUCCAUGGUCCGCUUCUGCGGUGUUGUCGACCCCAAGGAUGGCGACUUCCCGCGGUCUACUAUCGCUUACUGCUGCGACGCUGCAUGCAUCUCUAUCGGCUCCCUGUUCGGCUGCUCCCCCGUUACUGCCUUCAUCGAAAGCGGCGCUGGUAUCGCGGAGGGCGGUCGCACCGGUCUGACAGCGAUGACUACCGGACUAUGCUUUCUCAUCUCCAUCUUUUUCGCCCCCGUGUUCGCCUCUAUUCCUCCUUGGGCAACCGGCUGUACACUUGUAUUGGUCGGCUGCAUGAUGAUUCGCCAAAUCACUCAAAUCAACUGGCGUUAUAUCGGCGACGUCCUACCCUCUUUUGUCGUAAUGACAUUCAUCCCGUUCUCUUACAGUGUGGCCUAUGGUCUGAUUGCUGGCGUCUUCGUCUAUACCGUCCUUAACGGACUGAUUGCUCUGACUGUUUGGCUUUCCGGCGGCAGACUGGAGCCUCGGGAGUAUGACAUGAAGGAGUACUGGUCAUGGAAGGGUUCUGGAAAGCAACCUUGGUUCGUCCGGGCCGUCCGCGCUCAAGCUUGCUUCGGCCAUGCAGACGCUGAUAGCAAGCGGUCGUUCAACAUGCAUGACCCUGAUCAUGAAAGCUCCUUCGGCCCUAGCUCACGCUUGGUCGAGUCCGAUGCAGGUGUCUUCACCUACCUCCUCGAGAACCUAGGCGUCAAAGGCGUCCAGUUCGAGGAGCUCUUGACGCUCUCCCCCGAUGAGCUCGCCCCUCUGCAACCCAUCUACGGCAUAAUCUUCCUGUUCCGCUACCCCUCCGAAGGUCUGCCAGCACGGCCACAAGAAUCCUACGACCGCGACGCUGCCGAACGCCUUUUCUUCGCCCAGCAGACGAUCCAAAAUGCGUGCGGCACGCAAGCACUCCUUAGCGUCGUUCUCAACAAGACGGAUGAGGUCGAGAUUGGGGACAAACUGUCCGAGUUUCGCGAGUUUACCAUGGUGCUCCCUCCCGAGUUCCGCGGUGAGGCUCUCAGCAACUCGGAGCUGAUCCGCGACGUCCACAACAGUUUCGCCAAGAGCAGCCCCUUCGUCGACGAGACGCAGAAGACGGGAGAGGCCGAGGACGCCUUCCACUUCAUUGCGUACACCCCCAUCGACGGUAAACUGUACGAGCUCGACGGCCUGCAGCCGGCCCCCAUCUCUCACGGCGACUGCACCACCGACGAGUUCCCGACCAAGGUCACCCAGAUCCUGCAGGACCGCGUCCUCACCUACGCCAGCUCCGAGAUCCGCUUUAACGUUCUCGCCAUGGUGCGCGACCCCCGCAUCUCCGCCCGCGAGAUCGGCGACGCCGAGACGCUCGAGCGCGAGAACGAGAAACGCCGUAACUGGCGCUUCGAGAACGCCCUGCGCAGACACAACUUUGUCGGCUUCGCGGGCGAGGUGCUCAAGGGCGUCGUCGCGCAGAAGGUGGAGGGCGGCGAUGCUGCGUACGAUGCUUGGAUCAAGGAGGGCCUCGAGCGGAGGAAGCGGGACGAGGAUGCCGUGAGGAUUCGGCGCAAGAUGGGCGGUGGGGGUGGUGAGGAGGAUGAGGAGAUGAUGGGUUGA